AGCAAUCAAAUGAGAGCAAGCAAGUUCUUCUGGGGUCCUGUUUGAACCAGGAAGUUGCAUAUCCCAGGUCAUCUGUGUUCACAAUUCCAAGAUCCAUCCUUUGCAAAAAACAAAAAAAGGCCAAGAUGUCUGCAGAACAUCCCCAAAUCAAGACAGAAAAAGCCCAAAUAGUGAGUAGAUUCCUGAAACAAAUCCCACCUGGAGAAUUUAAUGAGGCCUUCAGUGACUUACGCAUGCUAGUAGAAGAUGAUAAUAUGAUGUGUGAAGAAGCACCCACUCUCUGUGCUGUGUAUAACAAGGACCAUUUCACACCAGUACGAAGCAAGAAAUGUGAAGUUCUCUUGACUCGCCACAAUGAGCUGGAGGACAACUACUUCCUGGAUCCACAGAACCAAAUCUCUUUCAAGUAUGACCACUUGAGGAGAAUACCAAGUGACUUCCAGUCUCACCCUGAAGAGGACAAAAAAGGAGAACUAUGGAGGAGAGCCCUCCAUGAGUCCUUAAAAGUUUAUGUUGACAACCAUUACCCUGAUGGGCUUUGUAGCGUCUUCGUCAAAGACACAGCUAUGCGGAAGAUCUUUGUGGCUUGCAUUGAAAGUCACCGAUACAAGCCUUCUGCCUUCUGGAAUGGCUUGUGGAAAUCAGAAUGGACAUUUGCUCUAGCUCCUGCCUCUACAUCCACUCAGGUGACCGGAGUCAUCAUGAUCCAGGCACACUACUUUGAAGAUGGCAACAUACACCUGAUAGUAGUCAAGGAUGCAGAGGAGACACUGCUGGUCACCGAUGAAGCCCAGACAGCAAAGGACUUUGCAAAACUGGUGGAAAAAAUGGAAAAUGAGAUCCAGAGUAAAAUAAUGGAAGAGUACGACCACAUGAACAGCAACUACAUAAAGUAUUUUCGGAGACAGCUGCCCAUCAUUCAGACAAGCCUCGAUUGGGAAAAAGUUGUGACUGUGAAGACUUUGGAGGCUCGUGCACUCUAGUAGAAGUCCUGCUUCUGUGUAGACAGAGGGACAGGAGAAGAAAAGCAGCAAAGUUGGAGGAAGCAUCAAUUGAUGGAAGUCUCAUCUAAAGUAAAGAAGCC